AUGUUUGAAGUGACUACGGAGGAUCCACUAAUUGGUUGGUCCCUUUUCCCCCAAUCUGAUAACUUGUAUUUGAAGCAUUUACACGAAAUACUGGGUGCAUUGUUGUUUUACAUUGUUGUAUACCAAUGGGUAGCACCAUAUUUGAACCGUUUGAUAUUUGGUAAGCACUAUACCUCGAUUGAAGAUUCUAAGGUUAAGGUCAAUUUCGAUGUUCAUACCGUGUCUAACAUCCAGUGUAUUGUUACAUGGUAUGCUAUUGCACCUGUCAUCUUAACACCAUUAAGUCUCAAUGUGGUCACUUACCAAGACGACAGGUGUGCAAUGGCAACUGCGUUGACAGUGGGCUAUUUUCUUUGGGAUUUGGGAGUUUGUCUGCUACAUUACGAAUUGUACGGUGUGGAGUUCAUGGCCCAUUGUUUAAGUUCAUUAUACGUUGUGGGACUAACGUUAAAACCAUUCUGCCUUUCAUGGGCUGGUAAAUUUUUGUUAUUUGAGGCAAGUACACCAUUUGUUAACAACAAUUGGUUCAUUACGCAGUUGUCAAGAGGUGCUUCUAAACCACCGGUGCCAUUUUGGUUUAACGUUCUGAAUGGAUUGUUGUUAAUGGCAGUGUUCUUUAUCGUCAGAAUUUUAUGGGGAUUUGCGGCAAUUGUGCUGUUGGUACAGCAGAUGUGGAAAGUUAGAGAUCAACUACCCAUUUUCCAAACCUUUAUUCUGUUGUCCAUAAACAUGAUUCUCAACACUCUAAACGUUUUCUGGUUUAGUAAAAUGUACAAGAUCGCCAAGAAGAUGGCAAGGGGCUCUAAUAAAGUUACCAAGAGUCACUGA